CUUCCUCUUUCCGACAAACAAGAAACACAAAGCUUUGAGGCACAUUUCCUUUGAUCGGAUUUACACCUAUGAAGACCCAACACUAGUUGGAAGAAAGCUGAAUCAUGGCAGCACUUGUCUGUCAUCUGUCAUUGCUCAUGCUCAUUCUGGUGGCUGUGCAAAUGGUUGUGCCGUACACCUUUAAGAACUGCGUUGAACUGAGGAACACCAGAAAGCGGAGCUUCAAAUGCACCACUCGAGAGUGGAAUAUAUCUGUCAUAUUGGAGGACCUGCCGCCGUCCGUCAUCAAUCUCACCAUUUUGGCAAGCCCUAUCAAAGACAUUCCUGACAAAGCCUUCGUCCACAUUAAAGACCUUCAGCAUCUUGAGUUGGGCAGAAACCGUUUGAGGACCAUAAGUGACUUGUCUUUUGAUGGACUCAAUCAACUCAAGUUUCUCGACUUGUCGUUUAACAACAUCUCCCAGCUAAGGCCCAAGCUUUUUGCGAACCUGCACAAUCUCACUUUCCUCACUCUGAGUGGCAACCACAUCAAGUCCAUGCCAGUGGACAUUUUCUCAACUAGGCAGCACAUGCUCGACACUUUAAUAUUGCAGAGCAACCGUUUAACAAACUUCUCAGAGAUUGUUGAGGCUGUGUCAUACUUAAAGAAUCUGAAGGAAUUAAACCUUUGCCAAAACAACUUAACAUCUCUGCUUCACUCCAAUAUUUCGCUCCCUCAAUCUCUCACCAAGUUGGUCCUGUGUAAAAACAACCUAGACAUGUUAGGAUGCGGGCGCCACUUCUUCUCUGGGAUCAAAAUCUUAGAUUUGUCUUUAAAUUCUCAACUGACUACAGAGGCUUUUCAGGAUGUGGAUUUAAAUGGGACAAACUACCUCAAGUUGAGCUCAACCAAGGUAAAUGUGACGAUCCUUUUAAAUAUCAGCAACAUAAAAGCAGGACACAUCGACUUCACAGGAACAGGUGUGAAAACCAACACUAUGUUACUUGAGCUGUGCAAGCUUUUAAGGAGCAAGGUGAAAAGUCUUAAUACGUUGCGUCUGAGCAACAAUAGCAUCACUAACCUGCAAAAUGAUACAUUGUCCCAAUGCCCAACAAUCCGUACAGCCUUGGAUCUAUCCAACAAUAACAUGGGAAAUGCUCAAAACAAGAUAUCAUCAGACUGCCUAAGAUUUAUUGGCAAGAAUAAAUAUUUGAGAAAGUUUUAUUUUGAACACAACCACUUGACCUCCAUUGCCUCUUGCAAGAAUGUAACGUUACGCUUUAAUAAAAUGGAAGAGCUCAGCUUACGAUACAACCGCAUCCUCUCAGUGGAUUCUUACGCUUUUUAUCACACACCAAAUAUAAAAACCCUGAAAUUAAACAUCAACAUCAUCGCCUUUCUUCAUCAUGAAGCUCUUAAAGGACUCUACCAGCUUGAGAACCUACGCUUGGACAACAACCUUCUCACCGACCUUUUUGCUGACACUUUUGAAGAUCUGAUUGUGCUGCAAUCUCUUAACCUGCGAAACAAUCGCAUCGCAGUCAUUUUCAACGGAACCUUCCUCCAUCUUGAAAAUCUGACAACUCUGGACCUCGGAGGGAACAAGAUUUCCCACAUUGAACCCUCGGGAUUUCAAGGACUACGAAGCCUCUCCAAGCUAUACCUAGAUGGAAACAACCUGAAACAGAUUCAUACAUCUCUCCAUGGGGCGUUUCUGGACACACUCACAGUGCUGGAUUUGGAAAGAAACCUGAUUAUGUUCCCGACCAAAAGAGUACCCUCACCAUUUGUGAAGCUUAGCAGACUCAAUGACUUGAAGUUAGGUGGACAGCGUCCAUACGGUCUCACCCGAUUGCAACAUAAGUUCUUCCGCGGCCUCCGCAACCUAACUUCUCUCUACCUCGCCAAUAAUCAAAUCUCGUACAUUGCCGUUGACGCAUUUGACGACCUGACGAACCUGAUUUUCCUCACCUUGCAGAAGUGCUGCGUCGUGAACAUAGAGCUGAAACCGGGAAUUUUUAAUAGUCUUCGGAAAUUAUCCUACUUGUCUGCAGAAAAUGCCGGCUUCCAGACCUUCUCUAGGGACGUGUUUGGCAAUCUAACCGGGUUGCAGACAUUACAGCUCAACCACAAUGGAAUGCAAACACUCGAUGUAGAUGUGUUGGAAAGUAUGUCUCAUUUGCGAUACUUGGACAUACGCAACCUUUCGCUCAGCUGCACAUGCCAGAACAGUUUGUUGCAGAAUUGGACAAUGAAGAACCAACAGGUCCAAGUAGUGUAUCUUUACGAUCUUCCUUGCCAGCAGGGGGAAAAUAAUAACUUCUACAACUUCAACACAGAUGUCUGCUAUGUCGACCUCGGCAAGUAUCUCUUCUUCACCACGUCAACUGUGGUAGUGUUGUUCACAUCCUUUCCGCUGCUUUAUGUCCUACUUUAUUGGAAAAUGAAGUAUGGCUACUAUGUGUUUCGCGCCUGGUUCAGUGAGCAGUGGCGCAAGAUCAAAGAGGAGGAGGAAAACUGUACAUAUGAUGCUUUUGUUUCCUACAACUCCAGUGACGAACAGUGGGUCAUGGUGCAGCUUUUGCCCAACCUGGAGGGCAACGGCUCGUCUUUGAAACUCUGCUUGCAUCAUCGCGACUUUGAGCCAGGUCGGGAUAUUGUAGACAACAUUGUGAACGCCGUGUACAGCAGUCGCAAGACCAUCUGUGUCAUUAGCCGAAAUUUCCUCCAAAGCGAAUGGUGCUCCUUGGAAAUCCAGCUAGCCAGCUACCGGCUUUUCGACGAGCACCGCGACGUUCUCCUGCUCAUCUUCCUAGAACCAGUCUCCGAGCGUCAAAUGUCCUCCUACCACCGCAUGAGAAAGGUCAUGCUGAAGAAGACGUAUCUGCAGUGGCCCGGCUGGGACUGCCUAAACCCCGAGCAAGCUCAAGAGCUGUUCUGGAAUAAGCUGCGUCAUGCAGUAAAGACAGGGAGCAAACAGGAGACUGAAGAAUAUGAGACUCAGGCAUCUCCUAACAAUGACGAUUUGGGAGAUUCUGACACUCAGACUCUGAUACCGGACGGAAACUACUAUACAUAUUAAAUAAGCACUUCCCAUCAAAAAAUGUGUGUAAUUUUAGUCAUCUAAAUCAUGGUCAGUGCCCUUUAGCCUGUGGAAAAAAAGUGCAUUGCUUGUUUCUUCUGGCAUCUAUUACCAUCAAAUACUAUUUUGUAUGUGCUUCAAAUACUCUGGGAAUUUCAAUAUUCGUGGCAGGGCUCACUUUUUAAUAGGGGCUCACUAUAAUGGAUUUCAAUGUUCGUAUUGAAUCUGUAAUGGUAUUGAAUGCUUUAUGUUCGAUUUAGCAUAAUUACUUGCAAAAGAUGAUUCCCUUCUUGGCUUUUCCAAUAACCAUGCAGGAUUGGUAAAAGCUAAUAGCCGGCAAUAGCCAGCUAUUUACUGAUUGGCUGAGUGCUGAACAGCUUCCUCCACGGGGGAAAAUACAAACGGUGAUUUGAUUUGCCUUAAGUUCCAUUAAUUCCAAUGGGGAAAGAUUUAAGAAACAAUUGUUUUUAGAAUUGAGUGUUUUCAAUGAAUAAAUAUAUGUAUCUUGUAUCUGAAGGCACUACUUUAUGUGAUGUUAGCGGAGUUCCAAUAUGAAGAUGGAAUGAACUUUUUCAGUUUUAUUUUAGUAUUCACAUAUAAAUUUGUAAUGACACCGGCUGGGUUUAUUAUGACAGAUUUUAAUUCAAACAGCACACCUUUUAGUCUACAUCUGUCAUAACAAUAAAGUGAACUAGGAUACACGUUUACAAGUAAACAAAAAUACGCAUACAAGAUGUAAACAAAAAAAUUAGGUAAAUUGUUUGUUAGUACAGUUUCCUGGGGGAAAAGGGCCAGCGUUUAGGUCGUGUCAUGGAUGUGAAUAUAGGUGACGGGCUCUCAAGAAUGUAAGGUUGCAUGUAAUGGUGGCCGGGAGGGGAGAAUAAAGCAUGAGAGGAGAAGAUGGGGGUGAAGGGGUACUCUUGACGUUCAAAUGAAGCAUCAUUUUUAAGGGGAAUGUGUUGCCCAGGUGAAUAUCGGAAUUUCAGCUCUUGGCCAGGACUGAUUUGAAUGUAGCUCGGCUGCGACCAACUCGUACUCUGCUGCGCAUAGCAGUCCCCGAAGGGUUCAAAUUUGGUGUGAGUUUCACCAAAGAAGUGCACUGGUGGUUUCUUAGACUGAAUGAACAGCUGGUGAGUUACUGUAGGGGAAGGACUAAAGUCUAUAUGGAACUCUGGUGAGGUGCGAAGCCUAAAGAUUUCAUCCAAGUGACCCGUCGAAGUGUCCACGGGACUGGUUGGCCAAGCUGUAGUCUUCAUAAGAGACAAGAUGAGGUGGAGUUAGUUGAAGAUAGUUAAGAAAAAGAAAAAAAGAUAACCAAGCUUACCUGGUCCAAGCGCUGCUGUGGCGGUGAACUGAGAUCCCAGCGCAAGUGCUUUUUUCCCUUCCUUUUGUUUUCGAAAAGGGCAUUGCCCUCACUUUUGAAAUGUAUGUCAUGUCCAGAGUCGACUGGAAAUGGUGCUGGGAACACAUCCAAAAAAAUGUUUAAAACUGACAAUUUAUUUCAAUAAUCGUUGCGACAGCUUCAUAUCAGUUAUGCCUUUAACUUAUUCAGUUCCAAAGAUGUGUUUUUUUUUUACAGGUGGAGCGUAGAGCAUCUGAGGUCAGACGACUGUGAAUUCAAAAUUUGUAGGCAAGAUUAAAUCAUUUGCUGCCAUUGACAGCAAUGAUCAUUCAGGUAGUCUUUUUAUUCAUGUGAAUAAAAAAAAAAAAAUUAGAUCAUUCAGUACCAGCCCGCCCAGUUCAAAUGUAAUGGACAUUUAUUGUGGUCACUGGUCAGUAGCAGUGAAAGAGUUAAUUGUGAGAAUGACACAAAAUACUCAAACUAGUUUUAGAAUUGCAGAGUGAAUGAGUGGUAAGCACGUCAAUCUGAGAGUUCUGAGGUCAAAGUUUUGAAUCUGGAAUCUCACCUUCCAUUGUGGUUAUAGAUGUUCCCCCUCUGCUUGAGAGUUUCUUUGUCCAUAUACUGGCCAGAAAUACGUGUUGGUUUAUUAAAGAGCAAAUUGUCCAUAUAGGUUCUGGAUUACUCGUGAAUUUAAUGAGGGCAAGUGGUACAGAUGGUGGGUUUUAAAAAAAAAAAAAAAAAAAAAAAAAAAGGAUUGUAAUUUAGUAGUGUCUCAUUUUGUUAAAUUGUUUUUCCACAUUUACCUGGGACUUAAAAUUUACUCGCUGUCAUGUGCAUUAUGUAUGUGCAACAACAUGAUUCCUUGAUGUUAAUUUGAUAAAAUAACUUGAAUUAACUAGCAUAAUCAAGUCUGCGGGCAUAACUUAAAUUUCUGAGUAAACUGAAUUUGAAAUAAGUUAAGUGUGCAACUCACUCCUGAUUUUUUCAAAAGGGCACGAUAGCAACAGGGCAGCCAGCUAGGGGGUUUAGAACAGCUGUCUGCACUUUCCGCUGCCAUUGUGACAGCCUUUCCGCUGCCAUAGUGACAGCCUAAGUUUGAAACUCGCUUGGAGUAACUUUUUAUACAUUUACUGGUUCUUAAAUAAGGUCUGCUUUACUUAAUAUACUGAGUUCAAAGUAUUUAACAGCAGUCCGUUUACUUAAAUUUUGAAUUUAAGGGGUUAACCCCCAAUCAAAACUUGAGAAUUCAAGUGAAAUGAGUUGAUUAUUAUUUUUACGUAGACAACAGUGUGCAGUAUUCCACAUAGAUGUUCUUAUGUAUGAAUCUAGAGCUUGAGUACAUACCUGGCGUCCACUGCCGUUUUUUCCGCUUUGCCUUUUGCUUGUGGACGUCUCCCUUGGGUUGAGGGUGA